GAUAACGGCCCCACACGCGCGACACCAUGGUAGGGUCCAACAUAGAGAGGGUAGUAGUCACCAAGGGCAAAUCCGGGCAGGAUUCAGCAAACAGGGCGGUUAACGGCGCUGCUGCAGGUCCAGCCGCAUUCGGUUUCCCUGCUCCGCGGGCCGCCAGGCAACACCUCAGGCCAAGGCGAGCAAGCGCGAAGCAGCAAGAUGCCGAGAGCAUGCCCUACUUGCUGGAUAGUGUCAGCCAGGUUGUUGAAAGGAGAAACCAUCAUGUCUCGGGCAUCGAGGUUGCAGCAGCAGCCGGAAGAAAAUAAUAAAAAGGCAUCUUCCGCGCGUGACCGAGUAGACGGCUGGUAGAGGAAAGGCCUUCCCGAGAGCAACGGACGCAGCUGGCGCGAAAGCAGCGCUAGACAACGAGGAAUCAGCGUGGGGAAACGGGGCACCGCCUACGGCAUUUUGGAGGACUUCA